AUGGCCCUCGAUGACAUCACUGCGUCACUGUAUGGAGAGCAAAGUGUGGCCCUCUAUGACAUCACUGCGUCACUGUAUGGAGAGCAAAGUAUGGCCGUCCAUGACAUCACUGCGUCGCUGUAUGGAGAGCAAAGUAUGGCCCUCAAUUACAUUACUGCGCCGCUGUAUGGAGAGAAAAGUGUGGCCCUCGAUGACAUCACUGCGUCGCUGUAUGCAGAGCAAGAAACUUCACAGCAUGUGGUAAUGUCAGAAAUGUAG